AUGUCUAUAUCCUCCAUGCUAGGCUCUGACAAUGACCGGCUACCGCGCGACACGGGCACAUCGCUCUUUUCCCGCCCUUCGAUAUCGUCUCUUUUCGGCCCUGCGCCUCCAUCAUCUGCUUCGGCCGCAAUGUCACCGCCGUCUGCCCCUGCGAGACCAAGCUCCCUUGACUAUCCUCUCUUCCAUCGAUCGCAAACUCCGGAUAAACCUUUCCCAAAGAACCAGUCUGGGCGGGCCUAUAGGUCAGGCUCCAGCAGCGGGCUUCCGGGUCCGCUCUCUGAGCAGCACAAGUUUGGUGGAUUAUCUCGAACACAACCUCCGUCGCAGUAUCCAGAAAGGCACAGCCCUCGUACAUCGUCCUCGGAAACUCCGUACAUUGAAUCCCGCAGAUUAAGCAUAAGCGGGCCUAUUCCGCGACCCAAUAGCCAACCGCAGCACAUCGAUUCUUCGAUGAAGACACCAGGCUACAGCCCGCUCACUCGCCCGGGGCAAGGCCAUCCGGAAGGGCCCUUGGGCCGGUCGCAACGGUCUGGUUCUUUCGUCGGCCUUGAAACGCACCCCAGCCGGUUUGGUUCUUUGUUUCUGGAACGUCAAACCGAGGAGCAGGUGCACCGAGAACGGGAGAGAACUCUCACACGCGAGUCGGACUUGAAGCCUCCUCACGCGCCGUUGCGUUUUGGUUCACAAUACAUGGAAAGGGAGGCGACAGACCGCCUGCCUAAUACUGUAGCAGCCUGGGAUCUCGGUCGUUCGCAGCCUCCGUCGCCGGAAUCGAAACGCUUCCCCGUCACCGAAGCUGGGUCCGGGUUUGGAUUCGGUGCUAUCCAAAGCUAUACCAAAUCCCUCGGGUCAUCGCAAGUGGGGGCUUCGAGACAGCCAUCUUUGUCUAUGCAGUCGCGACAAGACCCAUCAACAUCCGAACCACCGCAUCUCAGCAAAGUCCAAUCGCAGCCUCGUCUGUUUUCCACUACCUCCGCUUCGACAAUGGGUCAACCUUCCUUUAGCCUCUCUGCUCCUGACGAUCAUCGGCGCAAAGGAAGUGAUGAAUUGCUGCAGCACAGGAAUCUGCUUGGAGUCGGGGUGGAAAGUAAACGGGGCGGUCGGGCCUCGCCACUCCCACAAGCCGUACAAGGUGCGCAGGCUCAGAUUGUCGGGCCAGCUGCAGAACCAAGCAUCAAGAAUGAGCUAGGCCGCGUGUUUUCCGGAAUUGGCAGUGGUCUAGGAGGGGUCAAUGCGACAGCUUCUGGAAACGGCUCAUCUACACCCAUGGCUGCGAGUCCAUUUAAGCGUGACAGCAUCGCAGGGCGGUCGACAGUCAGUGAGACGGCGACAGAUGAUGCGAAGAUCGUCCGCCCUGCGUCUGCAACAGGGAAACGACAGAGGAAGUUGUGCGAUGAUGAUAGUCAGCUGGAGGGCGAAAACGCGGCCGAUCUACGGUCUGGGGUGGCUGCGCGUGGAAGAAGAGGACGUCAUGUUCAUUACCACCACCACCACCACCAUCAUCACCGGCAUAAUCUUCAGGAGGAUGCCACUAUCGUCAAUGCGCCUCCACGAGCGCCUUCUUCCAUGAAUUUCUUCCAUCGCACGUCAACCCCGUCGGAGGGCGUUCCCCUGUCGGGAGCCGCGCUCGGGCACCACCAUCACCACCACCACCAUCAUCAUCACCCACCCCCGCGGUCUCUUGCUUCUUCGGCCGCUGCUAUGCCAGUUCUGCGUGAACCCAGGACAAUUGUCAACAUCGAACCUUUACUGGCAAGUGUGGUUCAUCUCCCACGUCAUCAUCUGGGUUCAACUUUGUACGCACCGCAUAUUGGGGUACCGACGGAGAAGGAGAGUCUGGAAAGCGCCAAAUUUGGAUACACGACCACACCACAACCGAUCCCGCGGUUUGAUGGCAAGGAGAAUUGUACGUUCACUGUACGCGUGCCCCGGUUUCGAAUCGACGCGAGCCAUCGUGAAGAGAUCUGCGCGCGUCGAGCGCUCUGGGGAACCGGUGUAUACACAGACGACUCGGACCCGGUGGCUGCAGCCAUACAUUCUGGAUUCAUACGUGGCGCGUGGGGCGAGGAUGUGGAUACGAACAUGCUCGACCUGGAAAUCAGAGACUCAUACCAACAUGCUCCUCAGGGAGAGACUGCGGCCUCAGGCUCCAAGUCUGGCGAUGCAAAACCUCGUAUACCUCCAAUUCCUCCGCCGGAUAAGGACCUUCAUAUUACGCUGCUUAUCCUGCCAAAGCUAGAACGCUACGAGAGCAGCGUGCUGUUUGGGAUCAAGUCACGCUCCUGGGGUGGUACGCACGACGGGGUGAGUUUCAAGGUCUUGCGGAUUGAUUGGGUCGAUGAGGGCGUUGGUCGAGGUGAAGAGCGUGGCGGAGAGGCACGGCGGAAACGUCUGCGGAAUAUGAUGCGGACAGGCCGAAUCUGUACUGGACCUGGAUUGGUGAAACUGCAGCAGCUACGUGGAAACGCAGUUCAGAUCCACGGUCCGAAAACGAACAUGGACGAUAAUCGAUCGGUUGUGCAAAUGCAGACUGUAUCAUGA